AGACUUUUCACUUUUUAUUCUGUCAUUGCUUAAAGACUUGCAUAAAAUAAUUACAUUUCACCAAUCCAUAUAUCUGUAAUAUAUCUGUAAUAUAUCUGACGCAAUGCAACUUCGCUUUGAUCAUUAACUUUAGCCUCUUACCUCAGAUCUGUAUGUAGGCACAAUUUACUAACUUACAUGCAGCAUUCAGGAACCCAUGUUCCUGCAGAGGUAGUGUCUUACUACCGCAAACGCCGUUCGUCGGGGUCGGGUAUCAACAAAUUUACCAAUUUACCAAUGAAUUACUCAUCAACAUAUCACCAUCCCUCCCCCCACUGAGGACAUCAUAUCGUAAAACACCAAUUACUAAUUAUCGAUUAGUAGAGAACAUAUAUUCAAACCCCGGUCUGACUACCUGUCUUUAUACAUAGUAACAUAGUAGUCAGUUGCUUUACCAUUCUUUUUGUGUGCUUUUUUUCAGUGUUGGGUCAAAUUAGUAUUAUUCUGAAGAUUCUUUGUGUAUAACUACCUGGUACCUAAGCAAAGAGCACAUCUCCUCUUGCGGUAUCGUUACCUGCCCAAGCACCACGCAACGCCAGCACGGAUAAGCAACUAUACGCAUUUCAUAUAAAGCGUAAUGGGGCAGCCAGUUCCGGAUCUCCCGGUCCUCGCGGAAGACGACUCCAUGCUGUCGAGAAGGUUCGGCCGUGAGGUCGCCAACUACUUUAGCGGUAGUCCAUUGAACCGGAUCUCAUUUCUCAGGACUGAUUAUGAGUUUCUCCGCGCCGCCUUCGCUCACCCCUCGUCAGCGUUUUUGUUGAUGGAUAACCUAUCGCCUCUUGCCAAAGACGCUGCCAACUUAUCCUAUGUCUCUAGGGAUGUAGUCGUGCCGCUGACAGGGGAAGAGCCGUUUAAGACGUCGGAAGCGGAGCAAGUCAAAGGGUUCAACUCAUCUGUUACGCAGCCGGUAGUCUUGUUCCUUGGCAUCGACGAGAAGAAUACGAGUUUCAGGUAUCGCGACUAUACGGGUCUACCGUAUUUUGCUGUCGAUGUCACUCCAAAGGGUACCUUCGCAGACAAGGCCAAGAGCAUCAUAGAGAUUGUCAAAGCCACUGGCGUCUCUUUCAUUGAUGGGAGGAGACUUAUGACUUUGAACGCCCCUGAAGCCGCAAUAUUUGCAGAAGCCCGUGCAUUGUUAGACUGGAACAGUCGGAAUCCAUUCUGCGGUGGCUGUGGCCAACCUACCAUGUCCAUCAAUGCCGGAUGGAAACGGGCCUGUCCGUCUGCCGAUUGGGCAGGUGUUCAGGAAGGUGAUGCUCCCAAGGAAAAAGCAGACUGCAUAACUCGGCACGGCGUCAGCAACCUCAGUUUCCCGCGAACAGACCCCACUGUUAUCAUGGCGAUAGUCUCAGCUGACGGCACGAAACUUCUCCUCGGCCGAAACAAACGUUUCCCGCCGAACUGGUACAGUACACUUGCUGGAUUCCUCGAACCCGGCGAAUCCAUCGAAGAAGCCGUUAGGCGCGAAACGUGGGAGGAGAGCGGCGUGACGGUAGGUCGUGUCGUGAUACAUAGCUCGCAGCCUUGGCCGUAUCCUGCCAACUUGAUGAUCGGCGCCAUAGGUCAAGCUACCCUGACCGGCGAGACGAUACAUCUAGGUCACGAUGAAGAGUUGACGGAUGCGAAAUGGUACUCUUUUGAUGAGGUGAAAGAGGCACUGUUGAAUGGGACGAGCGGUCUUGGGGAAGCUGCGCCGCCGGCAUACAAGGAGGGUGGCUUGAGACUGCCACCGCAGACGGCUAUCGCCAACCAGUUGAUACAAGCCGUUAUUAAGGGAUAUCUUGACGCGGUACCGAAGAUAUAAAGUUCCAUAAGUAGUGUGGUUUUGAAGGAUUUUGCCUUAUUGAUUACGAAGAGCGAUGAGUCAAGAAUAUAGUACACUGGACAGCAUUACGCAUAUAGAGAAGAGUAGCCUAACCUAAGGGAUUAGACAUCUAGGGUCAUAAACUAUUGAUCUACAAGCUUUACUGGCGAUAUAUAUGUACUUACCUACCUAGACACUGUUCACAUCAAGCUUUCAUGCCUCGAUAGCCGAAAGCUGUGGAAUUAUAUAUCAAUAAGUACAUAGUACCUAACAUUGAAAAUAUACC